AGCACUCAGUCGUCGCCCGGCGUCGGGUAAACGCAGACUAUAGAAUCGCUCGACAGGCUUUCAGAGCAUCGAGCACGCCGCAGGAAGUGUUAAGUUCGCAUAAAGUUCCGAGCUGCGGAUUAAAGCAUCUCCGGACGGUAGCAUGGAACGCAAGGCUGUAAACGGCCGCCCCGAGCACUCCGCAAGCUUUUUUACCGCCGCCUGAAAGCUCGCGUGUUUUAAUAUCCGCGACGCGAGUGCCUGUGGACUCUGGAUACUCGUUGCCGCCUCUCUCCGGCUCUUUUGGCGAGAUGGCGAACACUGGACUCGAGGUGCGAGAGACUGGACGAGUCCUCCGGGUUCAGACGGAGACGCCUCACCUGGUCUCAACCGGAAGUGGACGCCUCUCAGUCGCCGUGACUUUGCACCCGUUACCCGAAGGACGAGUGACUCUCGGCUCAGGCAGGGAGGCCGAUAUAUCGGUGUCGGGAACGGGGGUUGAACCGAUUCACUGCGCCAUCGAGAACGAGAACAAUGUUGUUACCCUGUAUCCUAUCAGUGGGAAAACGGCCAUCGAUGGAGUUCUUGUCAACAGUCCGGUUCGACUUGCUCAAGGGUGCAUGCUGUCCUUCGGCCGAUCGAGCUACAUGAGGUUCAACCACCCAGCCGAAGCGAAGCAGUUGAAAUCGGUUUUACCAAACUCGAGGAUAUCGAUGGCGCCGAUUUCAUUUUCGCUCGGUGACAACUUGGUGAAUCAUCUGGAACGCAAGCCGCCUGUAGCACCGCGUAAAUCGCCCCGGAAUUCGUACUCCGAGGACGAAGGUUUCCUCGGCAAGCUUACCAAGUUCGAGAUGCUCGCCAGGCAGGGUAGGAACGCAGUUUGCGUCUCACCGAAGGUUUUCCCCGCCGGAAGUGGAACGGCGAAUGUUCCGGCGGAUCAGAUCCUGGGGUAUUCGAGGUCGCCAAGCCUCGCGUCUCUCUCAAAGGCGAACAACAACAAUAACAACAUCGCACCCCUUCAGAACCUGACCAACUUUGACGUGAGCAGGUCCAACACCCCGACGAUAAUCGCACACGACGAUAACCGGCUCCAACGGCGUGAAAUGAACAGAUCUCCAGCCGGAAACGGAGUCUCAGGCACGUCAGUUCCCAACUAUAACAACAUCCAGGUCUUCGGGAGCCAGGAGGGUUUCGGGAAACCGAUCUACAAGCAGAUGUACCAUGAGAACAACAACGAGAAUAACAGGAACGAGGAGAAUUUACGCGUUGGUAUGUCGCAGAGUCUGGUCUGUCAGCGAUCCUCGGAGUACGACAACUUCGGAAGGGAGUUCGACAUGAGCCAGAGCCUGAUCGUGGCCAAGACAACCACCGAGUAUUUUCAGGUCGAUCAAUUCGGCUCGAAUCCGAAUCUGCGAGACCAUGAAAACGGCGGUUCGGGCCUCAUGAAUGGCGGCUCUAACCCCAAUGCCAGGAGGAUCCACCCCCCAAGUCCAGCCUUCAACCGGAACCCAAAGUACAGCGACCAGCCGAGGAGAACCUACGCGAACUAUGCCAGAGUCAAAAGCCCCACACCCAGCGGCGGAAGCGGAUGCUCGAUUGAGGAGCUCAGAGAAAGGCAGAUCGACGCCGAGAACAAGAGGAAGGAGGCUGAGUCCAGGCGUAGGCAGGCCCAGGAAGAGAGGAUGAGGGAGCAGGAAGUCGAACGACAAGAGAAACUCAGACUCGAAGAGAUCCUGGCCAUGUGCGCCGAGUACGAGAGGCAGAGCACCGUUGAUCAGAGACCCAGGCAGCCGAACAGGAUAAAGACGAACGGUUCACUUCCUCGGGAUAAGCGGCCCGGCUACAAUUCCCCGUUUGACAGUCCGAUCAGGAGUCCAUCCUCCAGUGGGAGUCAGCAGAGUAAUUUUUCAUUUUCCGAAUCCUCGAGGCCAGGCGUUUCCUACGAGAAUGUCAACCUCGUCCAGGGAGCCAGGAACGGCCGGACUGAAGUCGUUUUGGGGGGUGAAACCGAAGGGGGGAACGGCGAGACCGUCGCUGUGAACUACGAGAACGUUAGAAUAAACGAAGCCUCUUCGGGAUACGGAAAAAUCCAGGUGAACUCCAGGAGUUUACCGGCUCAGAACUACGAGAACUUUUCACCCAUGAAUGGCAACCUUCGGCCCUCGCAAGUCGAGGAACAUAAUCCGGUCGUGACGAACAAUAACGCACCGUCUUACCAGCAGGCGAGAAGCUUCAGAAGCUUUAGCAAUAACCAACAACAGCAGCAGCAGCAGUGUCAGGGUAACAGAAAGAACGGACAGCUUCAAAACAGCUGUGAAGUUAUCGAGAACAAACUUGCCAUAUCGAACGACGACCUCCUCGAGGCUAUUGAACAACUGUCGAUGAUAUCGAAGUCCAAGGACGCGUUCGCCACUCCGAAGAGAAACAACACCGAAAGGGAUAACGCCAAGUCGAACGAAGCCAAGGCCGACAAGGCCAGAGAGGAACUAGAGGUUGAGGACAGAAGGAAGUACGUUGAGUUCUUACAGAACGAAAAGGUUCACAUACACGGUAACAUGGACGUGCUCAAGAGGAGCAUCGCUGACAUCGAGACGCAGGAAGAGGAAAUCGGCAGAGAGCUGGAACUUGAGAAGGCGCUUCUGUCGGCCGAGUACGAGGCUGAAUCUUUAAAGCUCUCGCAGGAUGAGGGGGAGAAAAUACGAACCCAAAUGCGGAUCAACGAGCUCGAGAGGGAAAUGGCCGACGACACCGUCACUCAGGCUAAUCUUCAGACUGAGGCCAAACAGAGGGUUCAAAGUGCUCAGCAGGCCUGCUUCCGAAUCGAGGAAGAGAUUCGGCAAGCUGAUUAUGAGGCUGACGAAAGAAGGCGGCAGGAUCUUCAUGAGAAACUCUCCGUACAGCAGGACCUCCUCGAGUCCGAAAGAAAGGCUUUCGAGGAUCUUGAAUUUCACCACCUAGAGGAAGAAGCCAGCAAACUUGCCACCAGGGAAGAACUGCAAAGGUACCUGAGUGAUUUAUCGACCAGAAUAGAAGCCAAAAAGGCUCAACUCAACAAUCUCGAGUCUCAGCGAACCGCCGCAAAGAAUACUGCCAUCAGAGACACAAGGAGUCUUGAGAGGCAGAAGUUGGGACACGUUCGUCGCCUCGAGGAGGGUCGAAACAGGCUCCGGGCAAUCGACGACGAACUCGAAAGCCUCUCACGUAACGAGGCUGAGAAUUCGGAUGAAAAACGAUCGCCGAGCCGAGAGGAUUUCGACAGGAUAUCUAGAGUCACUACGGACUCACCGAUCGUCCAAACAACCGGCCAAGGCAGUCUUGGAAGAAAAACGAUCGAGUCGCUCAAGGAGAUUGAGCGAAACAGGCAACUGCAUCUUGCCAAACAGGGAAGUCAAGUGAUAUCCGAGGAGAGGCGGAGGGUCGAGGAACUUAAAAGGCGGGUUCAGGACGAGGUCCGGACGCAGUGGGAGGAGCGGAAAAUGAACUGCGCUUCUUUCAACAGCGUCGAAUCUGGAGAAGAGUCAUCAAGCUACUCUACUGGCGGUCCGACGGAGAGCGGAAGCGGAAGCAGCGACGGGGCCGAUGGAGGAACCAGCGAGAAACUUUCACCCGGGAAAUCGAGUCCUGGACCGAGUCCUGGUCCUGGUUCCGGAAACGGAGGAGCUGGACCAUCCAACGGAAGUUACGCUCUGCUUCAGCGCGGCAAUACGAGAGACGAAAAACGGAUCUCAUCCGAGGGCGAAAGGACCAGCAGCAACAGUGGCGGGAUGCCUGACGGAACCGGAAGUCGUCCUCAUUCCCAAACGUCCAGCGAACUCGACACUCUCGGACCGCUGCGGCCGCUGCAACCGGUUAAACAUCGGGAAAAGCCGAAAUUACUGCAGCAGCGACCGUUGACUCGAUAUUUACCUAUAAAAUCGGAGUCCCUCGACCUGAGACACCAUAUCGAGACGGCCGGACACCAGCUUCAACUUAUCCACGACGUCUCCGUCGACACGACGACAUGCUGUGGUUAUCUCUCAAAGAUGAGCAAGAAAUUUCACCACUGGAACAAACGGUGGUUCGUCUUUGACCGGAAACGGAAAACCCUAUCCUACUACAGCGACAGCUCGGCGAAAAAGGCUCGCGGCCUUGUCUACUUCCAGUCCAUCGAGGAAGUCUACGUCGACCACUUGAACAGCGUCAGAUCGCCGCAGCCCUCGCUCACCUUCAUCGUCAAGACGUCGGCCCGACUUUAUCACUUGAUGGCACCGAGUCCAGAGGCGAUGCGAGUUUGGGUGGAUGUCGUUUUCACGGGUGCCGAGGGGUACCACGAAUUCGACCACGGUGUUUGAGGCGACACCGAGCCGACUCGACGGCUGCAGUAAUUUAUCAAGAUUUUAUUUUUUUUCAUCAUGAUCUUUCGCAAACACGAUCAUUGGGUCGAUUUUUACCUCUCCCUAAACUUCUGGAAAGAAGCGCGCUUUCGUCGAAUCCCUCCGCCUCUGCAGGCGACUUAUCGAGAGGAACCAUAGAAGGAAAAAAAAGUUUUCUAACGGUGUCUAAAUCAGCGACAAUAAAUUUCAUUGUAUCGUGAGUACUGUAUAUAUGUAGGUAUAUUUAUAUACCUACAGGGGAAGAAAUAUAUAUAUACAUAUUAAAUUUACACGCAUUUUUUACACGUUGUAACCAGUGGUGCCACGAUUCGUUGAUAAUAAUAAUAACAGUAAUAAUAAUAGUAAUAGUAAUAAUUAUAAUAUCCGGAGAAGUAUGACGAGGGCAUUAUUAGAUGAAUCAUGGGUAUAUAAUAUUAUGUAAUUGUGUAUAAUCAGAGUAUUAUUAUACACAUCGUGUAACAAUGAUUAUUGAAAAAUGAGACGCUUUUGAUUGAUGAUAAUAUGUAAAACCAUCCGUGUCUUAUAGCGACAUAUACGAUUGACGAAGUCUUAUAAUGCUAGUAAAUAUAUAUUAUUGAUAUAUUUUAUUAUUAUUCUGUCGAGUCUGAGAGAUUUUUGGAUGAAUAAUAAUUUUUACAUGAAAAAGCUAUGAUCUAGUCUUCCAGUAAGCAGAUAGAUAAAAAAUGAAACAAAAAAACAAUAAACACAAGAAAGUAAAUAAAUUUUGAACAAGCGUAUUCGUAGCAAUUAGUUCGAAUGAAUUAUAAUUAAGCUGAAUUCGUGCAGCUUACGGUUUUUGAUAACCUCUUACGUAAAUCGUAUUAUGAUAAUAAAUAAUACGACAGGAUCAAUUAUGUAUAAUUGAAUAUGUAAAUGAUCUGGAAUGAACCAGGACAUGCAUUCUUUUACCAAUAUAAUUGUACAUACUAUGCUAUACAUAAAUGUAAUAAAGAUUAAGAUUAGUCACUGAUAAAA